GACUCGGCGCGCGAGCUCUUGCAGCCUUGCAAACCCGAGCGGAGGAGGAAGAGGAGGAGGAGGAGCAGCGGGCGGCGGGCGGCGGGCGGGCUGCCGCAGCGACGGGCUGCUGUCAUCACUUAGGAGGAAGCCGGCCCGGCUGUUCGGGCCUUGCAUUUUUUUUUCUUUUUUGACCCCGCUGCUUUUGCGGCCUUUCCUUGCAACGACCCCGUGCAAACCCCCUUUCCCCUUCUCCGCCGUGCAAAGCAUCCCCUUCCAGCAGCCUCUUGCAACCCUCCUCAAAAAAAGAGGGGGGGGGCUCCUGCUUUUUGUUCCCCCGGCUGGUUCCUUUGCAUGCCUCUCCGUGCACGCUUUUCUCGGGGAGUUUUUGCACCCUCCCCUUCCUCGGUUUUGCAAGCUGCGCCCUCUGCCCUUCUCACGCCCACCCGCCUUGCCUUGGCUGCCGCCAACGGGCGCCUCUGCCUCCCCUUUGCAGCUGGCACCUGCAUCUCGGGGUCCCUUUCUACCCCACCCACCCAACCCUUAGGCUCCCUUAUGUCCGGGUCUGCCUUGGCUCCAGCGGCCGGCGGGGGUCCCUUCUGGCCUUGAGCCUUAAAAAGCUUCGCCCCCUGCAUCCUCAUCUCUGGCUUGAAGUGGUCCAGCAAAGUGGUCCAGGGGCCGCUUCAGCAUCUUUGCAGCAUCCCUUGAGCAUCCCUGGCCUGGGAUCCUGUUGGGACCUCGUGGAAGGGGUGGGGUUGGUACCCGCGCCUUCCUCUCCGGCCCCGAGAUGAGCUUCUUUGGGUUUGGACAGAGCGCCGAAUUGGAACUGGUGCUGAGCGAUGCCGAGAGCAGGCGCCGGGCGGAACACAAGACGGAGGAAGGCAAGAAGGAGAAGUAUUUCCUCUUUUACGACGGCGAGACCGUCUCCGGGAGGGUCAUUUUAACCCUCAAGCACCCCAACAAACGGCUGGAGCACCAGGGCAUCAAGGUGGAAUUCAUUGGCCAGAUUGAAUUAUACUACGACCGAGGGAACCAUCAUGAAUUUGUGUCGCUGGUAAAAGAUUUGGCCCGCCCUGGUGAAUUCACCCAGUCACAAACUUUUGACUUUGAAUUCACCCAUGUGGAGAAACCGUAUGAAUCGUACACUGGGCAGAAUGUGAAGCUGAGGUACUUCCUCCGGGCCACCGUGAGCCGUAGAUUGAAUGACGUGGUGAAAGAGAUGGACAUUGUGGUGCACACCCUUAGCACGUAUCCGGAGCUCAAUUCCUCCAUUAAGAUGGAGGUGGGGAUUGAAGAUUGCCUACACAUUGAGUUUGAGUACAACAAAUCCAAGUACCACUUAAAAGACGUGAUCGUAGGGAAAAUAUACUUCCUUCUCGUCCGGAUCAAGAUCAAACACAUGGAGAUUGACAUCAUCAAGAGGGAAACCACUGGCACGGGGCCCAACGUCUACCACGAAAACGACACCAUUGCCAAAUAUGAGAUUAUGGACGGAGCCCCUGUGAGAGGAGAGUCCAUCCCAAUUCGGCUCUUCCUGGCUGGCUAUGAACUAACUCCCACUAUGAGGGACAUCAAUAAGAAGUUCUCGGUGCGCUAUUACCUCAAUCUGGUGCUAAUUGAUGAGGAGGAAAGGCGUUAUUUUAAACAGCAGGAGGUAGUGUUGUGGCGCAAAGGGGACAUCGUGAGGAAAAGCAUGUCUCACCAGGCCGCCAUCGCCGCGCAGCGCUUCGAAGGCACCUCGUCCCAGACGGAGAGCAGAGCCCCCAGCCAGGCUUCAGAGAACAACGGGCGGCAGUGAGGGGCCCUCGAAGGAACCGUGGACCGGUGGGGGGGGGGGGAAGAGCAUCGAGGGCGGCUCUUCCGCCAGAAACUUGCAAAUGCAAAAUUGUCUGUCAGGUUGUCUUUCUGUCUGUCUGUGUUUCGUCUUUUUAUCUUGAGGACUAGCAGCUUAACAGGACCGCGAAAGGGGGUUGGAACACACACACAAAAACGGGGAAUACUGUGGUUGAGUAUUGUGGAUAAGCUAAAGGGUGCCAGGAGAGAUGGGAGUUUGGGAUGUUGUGUUGGAACAGGACGGUGGAAAAAUAUUUUGUUUUGAAGAGUUGUCUCCAUUUUUCCCUCCGUUGGAAAGCCGCGCGCUUCAACAUGACUGCUGCCACAGAGAAGUUCGACCAUGUAUUUAACAAUCACCUAUGAGUAUAUUCCCCAGGCUUGGGAUGGCUGAGAUGCGCAGGCAAUCCCAGGGGAUGUGUCGGUGUGCACAAAGCAGCACCCGUUCUUAACGUCACCCAAAUGAAGCAGCUCUCUUCAUUCCUGGCCCUUGCACAUUGGGCACGUUGUGUUGUGCACGACCUCGUCACGGCUUGUUCCUGGAUGCUGAGAAGUUUCUUCGCAUUUUGGCUUCUGGAACACACUUUGCUCCUAAGGAUUUUAUUGCUAGAAGUUUUUAGUCCUUGAAAAAGAAGGUCUUAUCUUUAGAGAGGAUAGUGCUAUGUUUCUGCACGAUUCUCUGUUUUUUGGAAGCACCUUCUACACGGGGAAAAAAAUUACUGAGGGGUGAGCAUCGUGACGGACAAACCACUACGCCUGAAAAGGAAAGAGAUGGAAAGGCCUGAAUCGUUCAGGGCAUCAGCGGGGAACCUCCACGGAGCAGAUUCUCAGCUUGUUGAUUCUGACGCACCCUCGGCAAGCGUCUGUCUUUAACACGUUCAGGUUUGUGAGCAGUAUUGGGUGAAAACAGUUCUCCCUAGGCUGAUUUUUGCAGAGAGAGGGAACAACAGUUUUGCUUAAAUGGUGAUGACUAAAAAACACACUGUCCUGGUUUCAGUCAAAAGUUAUCCUUUGAAGCCAGAAGAGAGGGAAACGGUGGCCCUUUUAUGACUUGUGGACUUCAACUCCCAGAAUUCCUGAGCCAGCAUGGAAUUAUUACCUUUAUUGUCGGAGUACAACAUGUGUGCAAUGAGAUUGGCUGAGCCUCCCUUUGUGUACCACCACCACCCCAA